GUAAAACGAAAAAUAUUUGAUUUUCUUUUCCAAAUAAUUUUGUCCACCCCUUUCAAGGGUUUUGCAUCUCCCUUGUAUCUGUUUGAAGGGACCCCGGCAGCCAUGAAUCACUGCAAGAGAAUCCUGAGUUCGCUUCGAUUGAGGAAUUCGCUAUUUUUUACUCAGCUUUCACGAGCUCCUUCUUCCAACCAUCAGGUGACUCAGAACUUUUACCUUUCUCCUUCACUUCUCACGCAAAUUUACACUUCUAGUAGUGUUUUCGGCGCCAGUCAAAAUGUCUUCUUUUCAUCAAAACCUGAAUCUUUUGUUGACAUCAUACUAUCUAACGACUGGUCGAAACAGUUAGAAAAGGAUUUAGGAAAAAAUGAUUUUCCGGUGACCCAUGAAGCUGUUAUGUAUCUGUUGAAGAAACUCGAUAAAGAACCGCGAAAGGCUGGGGAUUUCUUGAAAUGGGUUGUUAAGCAGAAGGGGUUUGAACCUAGUUCAUCUAUGUACAGUCUGAUGCUUAGAAUUUAUGCUAACAGGGAUUCAAUGAAGGACUUUUGGACUACUAUUAAGGAAAUGAAAGAGAACGGGUUUUAUAUUGAUGAGGAAACGUAUAAAUCAAUUCAUUCUAUUUUUCGGAACUUGAAAAUGGAAACCGAUGCCACUGCUUUGAAGCAUUUCUAUGGGAGGAUGAUUAAAGAAAAUGCUAUGGGUGAUCUGGCGAAAGAUGUGUCUGAAUUGAUUACAAAACAAGAAUGGGGAAGUGAGGUAGAGAGACAAUUAGGGGAGAUGAAGCUCUCGGUGUCUGAUAAUUUUGUGCUUAGGGUGUUGAAGGAACUUAGAGAAAUAGGACAUCCGCUGAAAGCUUUCAGCUUUUUCAAAUGGGUUGCUAGGAAUUUAGAUUUUCAGCACAACACCGUUACUUAUAAUGGGAUUCUUAGGGUUCUUUGCCGAGAAGAAUCGAUUGAAGAGUUUUGGAGUGUAGUAAAAGAGAUGAAGAGUCUGGGUUUUGAAAUUGAUCUUGAUACAUAUAUAAAGAUCUCAAGGCAUUUUCAGAAGAUUAAGAUGUUGAAAGAUGCAGUAGAACUAUAUGAGCUGAUGAUGGAUGGUCAGUUUAAACCAUCACUUGGUGAGUGCAAUAUUCUUUUAAGAUCCAUUGCCCAGUCACAUCCCUCAGAUCUUGAUUUGCUAUUUAGAGUUGUGGAAAAAUUUGAGGCCGCAGGGCAUUCACGCUCAAAGAUUAUUUAUGAUGUCAUUCAUAGGUGUUUGACUAACUUGGGGCGGUUUGAGGAAGCAGUGAAGAUAACAGAAGCUAUGAGAGAUGCAGGAUUUGAACCUGACAAUAUUACCUACAGCCAAUUAAUAUAUGGACUUUGCAAAGUGAGGAGGCUGGAGGAGGCGUCAAAGGUGAUGGAUGUGAUGGACGAAUGUGGAUGCAUUCCAGAUAUCAAGACUUGGACCGUUCUGAUACAAGGGCAUUGUUUUGCUGGUGAAGUUGACAAGGCGCUGUUUUGUUAUGCUAAGAUGAUGGAGAAAAAUGUUGAUACAGAUGCUGAUCUGUUGGAUGUACUACUUAAUGGUUUUCUAAGUCAAAAAAGAGUUUCUGGUGCAUAUCAGUUAUUGACUGAGUUGAUGAAUAAGUUUCAAAUGCGUCCAUGGCAAGCAACGUACAAACUUGUCAUUCAAAAGCUCUUAGGCGAAAGAAAACUCGAAGAAGCGCUAGAUCUUCUCCGUCGGAUGAAGAAACACAAUUAUCCACCUUUUCCAGAGCCCUUUAUUCAAUAUAUUUCAAAGUCAGGAACAGUGGAAGAUGCAGUGGAGUUUUUGAAGGCAUUGAGCGUCAAGGACUAUCCAUCUGUUUCAGCCUAUCAACAUGUUUUCCAGUCCUUCUUUGCAGAAGGUAGACAUUCUGAGGCAAAAGAUCUGCUCUACAAGUGCCCACAUCAUAUUCGCCAACACCCAGCAAUUUGUGGCCUCUUUGGUUCGUCAAAUUCCAACAGUGGAAAAGUGAAAAGGUUCCCCCGGGAGAGCUCCACUUCUGCUUAGGCACAAGGUGCAAUUAGUGAAAUCUGGGAGGAGGAUUAAGGUUAGCAUCUGAUAAGCGCACCCGAUGCUAACGUCACCAGGAUCUUCAACU